CUUUAAGAUUUCAUGCAUCCGAUGACGUUGGCAUACGGCAUUUGACACAUUGAAUCAACAUAAAUUAAAAAGUACACUACUACAUUAUACUCGUGCACUCGGUUAAAAGAACCAACCGCAGUUGCAUAAGGAGGACCCAAGGGCCCGGAGUUGAAACAGGAGCUGUCCAAGGAGAGCUCACCACAGGCCGACACGUCGACCAAGAAAAUGGAAGCCGGGGGAGACAAGAAGAAAGACUACUCCGGUGGAAUCGCCGAAAAGCAACAGGCGAAAUAUGAGGGAAAUCCCUCACCAAAGGAGACUGGAUGGACUGAGCAAAGGAUCAGGCCAAAAACAACAUAUAACUCAACGCAAAAGAAAAAUGCAGAGUCGAACAGCACAAAGAAGUUCAUAGGACACAACCGAGGGGAUUUGGAAGGAAUCGUCCUUACGGAGAACGGUAGUCUAACGCAAUUCAGAGAACUGCACAAACGACUCAAGACCCUGGGAGGAUCCAAAUACAUGCCCAAGGUUGGAACUUCGAUUGAGCUGCUCGAACGAUUCACAAGACUUGACUUCAUGGUACCAGAGCCAGACGCAAGUAACUGGACAGUGGAAGGGAAGGAGGUUGCAGGAAUCAAAACCAGCCUCAUGCGAAUGCACGAUGAGGAGGUCAAGAUGUCAGGCAAGCUGUACACAGCAUACACCAACGAUAUGGAGAAGCUGUAUUCUGUGGUACUCGGACAAGUGGAUGAGGGGAUGGAAGAGAAGCUAAGGGAGUCCCCCAAGUGGGAACGAAUCAAUAAGGAAAAGUGCCCAGUAGAACUGUUGAUACUCCUUCGAGACAUUUGUUACCAAGGGAAUAAGACACAGAUUCACCCACUGACAAAUAUCAUCAGAGCUAUACGAAAGCUGGUGUGCUCACGACAGCGUCUAACGGAGGGAGUGACCUAUGUGCAAGCAACCACACAGGCGUAUGAUGUACUGGAGGCUAUUGGAGGAGACCUACUGUGCCCAGUUGCCAUAAAGCACGAGCUUGAGACAAACAGUGCCAAGUAUGGGAGGAUGACGUACAGUCAGUACAAGAACCUACAGGAGGAUAACGCCCUGAGAGUGAUGAUUGAAAAGUCAGCAAAGCAGCAACUAUUGGCCGUGCUGCUAAUUGAAGGCAGCAAUGAAGAUACCAGUGUUCUCAAGCAGACGCUGGAGAACCAAUACACGCUAGGAAUGAACAACUACCCCGUAACACCAACUGCAGCCCUGGGCAUGUUAAACCAAUUCAAAGGAAGCAAGAAAGGAGGAACAAAGAGUGCCGUAGCCAACAAGGGAAAUAAGGGGGUCCACAGGAAUCAUCAGGAGGGAACAGCUUUCGUCACGACGGGUGCGAUAGCAACACCAGAGAUCGAAGCCGCAGGGGAAGACGACGAAAGUGAGGAGUUGGGACUGACCAGCCACCAGCUGCUCAUGCGGGCAGUUGAAUGUGAUGAAGAUUUUGGAGACACAGAGGAACACUGUUUCUUCCAAUGGGGAAGAACAAGCAAGGCACCCACGGACACUUUCCGAUACAGCAACAAAGUGCAAAGGCUGUUUGCACAGCAAAAUGAUACAAACGACCGCAAGGGGACCGGAGGAGUGAAUCCAAACUGGAUACUACUGGACAGCGAGUCAUCAUGCAAUCUAAUCGCGAACCCGGACCUGCUGAAGAAUAUCAGGAAGGCUCCAAAGGGACAGGUGAUGCACAUCUAUUGUAACUCAGGAGUGGCGAGCACCAACCUGAUUGGAGACCUCCCCGGUUUCGGAAAGGUGUGGUUCUACAAGGAAGGAAUCGCAAACGUGUUAUCGCUCGCCCUGGUAUCAGAUCGAUUCCGUGUAACUAUGGAUACUGACUGUGACAAUGCACUACAUGUGCAUCGGCCAGGGGGAGGAACACGACGAUUCAGCAGAUCGGAAUGCAACCUUUACUACUGUGACCUCACAAAGACUACCAGCGGACGAGUGCUGACAAUUACUUCAGUAGAAGGACAGCAGAGCGAGUUUUCCGAUCUAGACUGCCGCCGGGCAAUGAAGGCAAGGAAGCUACAAGAGAUCAUGGGGUUCCCAACGACAAGGGACCUAAUACGCAUGGUGGAAAACAAGCUGGUGACCAACUGUGGGGUGACCAGGAGGGACAUAAUGAAUGCAGAAGUCAUAUACGGAAAGCAUGUGAGUAUCGUGAAAGGGAAGACUGUGAGACAGCAAGGGAAGCACAUCCGGGAGGAUGUAUCCCCAGUGCCUGCAGACAUACUAGACCGGUACGGCAAAGUCAUGCUCCAUGUGGAUAUUAUGACAGUGAAUGGAAUACAAUUCUUCCACUCUAUAUCACGACACCUGAGGUUCCGUACAACCAGGGCAGUUACCAACAUGAGACAGUCCACGUUGCUAGACUGUGUAGUGAGCCUGAUUGGGCAGUAUAGAACGCGAGGUUUCAUCGUAACACAGAUCAGCGGGGACAAUCAGUUCGAAUGCCUUCGAGACGACUUGCUAAAACUGUCUCCCCCAGUGGAUGUACACUGUGUUGCAGCAGGACAACACGAGCCAACCAUUGAGCGCAGUAACCGCACGCUGAAGGAAACAGUUAGAUGCUAUGUGAAUCACCUCCCGUACAAAAAGCUGCCAAAGCGAUGCGUAAUAGAGCUAAUCUAUGCGGCAACUUACUGGCUGAACUGCAGAACCACUGGUGUGCAUAGAACAAAGUCCAUUAGGGAAAUCAUGACAGGAGUCUGUUUAAAUGCAGGGGAAGACUGUAAGUUCCAGUUUAUGGAGCCCAUCCUGGCCCAUGUUGAUGAUACAGAUAACACAAUGAAGGCUCGUGCGGUCGAUGCCCUCUACCUGAGACCCACAGGAUCAAUCACGGGGGGGUUCUACGCCUUUGACCUCAACACAUGUAAGCGGAUUCAUCGAAAAUCCGCAACACCAACACCACUCACAAAGACAAUCAUACGACAAGUAACACAGAUUGCUGAGGCACAGAAGAUGCCCCGCGGAGUGUCCUUUGGAGACGCGACAGGGAACACAACAAUCCUGGACCUGGACGACAGCCCAAACACGGAUGAUGAUGAUGCAUCUGAUGGAACAUACAGCAACCGAGAUGCGGAUGAUGCAUCUGUGGAAACAACACUAAGCGCUUACAUAGAUACGGACGUACGGGAUGAUGUGGAAGCCGCUGCACAGAUCGAGGUUGGAAACGAUGUGAUUGAAGAAGUUGACGAGGAUGGAGAUGAGGCAGGUGAGGAAGCUAACGAGGGCACUGGCCACACAGAGCCUGUGGGAGAGGCCGGCGAGGAAACAGAGGGCCACCAAGAUGAAGAGCAGGAGGAGGAACCAGGGAAUGACGGGGAAAUGGCAGAAGUGGAGGCGGAAGAGGAUAUAGAGCCAGUUAGCUCACGCCUCAGGAAGCGUGUUACAAGAUCACACAACAAGUUUGGUGAGGAUGAUGGGUUCGAAAAUACCACACACACACGGUCCUUCUUUACGGCUGGAUACGUACGUGGAAUACAACACCUUGGUGAAAGGGAGGAGUGUGUGAUGCUGGUGGCAAAUGCAAUAGCAAACUACAACAACCUGGAGGCCACGCAUGCAACCAAACAGUAUGGCAUGAAGGAGGGAAUUCGACGCUUUGGGGAGGCAGGAGUGGCAGCAGUGUUGAAGGAGCUAAAGCAGUUGCAUGACCGAGGAGUGGUGUCGGCUCUCGAUCCUAAACACAUUACAAGAGAGAUGGUUGCUCAAGCACUGCCAUACCUCAUGUUCCUCAAGAGAAAAAGGGACACCUCAAUCAAAGGGAGAGGUUGUGCUGACGGGAGGAGACAACGUGAGUAUAUCAGGAAGGAAGACGCCGCAUCUCCGACAGUGUCGCUGUAUGCUUUGGUCCUCUCAUGUAUCAUCGAUGCAAUCGAGGGAAGGGAUGUAGCAACAGUCGAUAUUCCUGGAGCUUUCUUGCAGACACCAAUGCCAGAGGGAGAGGAUGUCUACAUCAGGUUAGAUGGCACCAUGGCAGAGCUCCUCUGCAGGGUCGAUCCAAAGAUGUACCGGAAGUAUCUUGUCAACCGCAACGGGAAAAAGACCCUAUUCACAAGGGCUGAGAAGGCUAUAUAUGGCACCCUACGAGCAGCAUUACUGUUCUGGGAGAAACUGUAUGGGCAACUUGAGGAGUGGGGUUUUGAGCUGAAUCCAUACGACCCCUGCACCGUAAACAAGAUGAUAAAUGACAAGCAGUGCACAAUCGUGUGGCAUGUGGAUGACCUCAAGAUAUCACACGUGGACCCAGGUGUUGUGACAGCUGUGAUACAGCAGCUAAAUGAGCAAUUUGGCAAGGAAUCACCACUGACAGAGACCCGAGGGAAGAUACAUGAUUACGUGGGAAUGACACUCGACUACUCCGAAAGUGGAAAGGUUAAGCUCAGCAUGUUUGAUUAUCUGGAGGAAAUAAUCCAAAAUCUUCCCGACAGCCUGAAAGGAACCGCAGUGACGCCCGCCGCUGAUCAUCUGUUCAAAGUGAAUGAAGCAUGCCCGAGGCUGGAUGAGGAGCAGGCAGAUAAGUUUCACCACUAUGUAGCCAAACUCCUUUUCAUGGCGAAGAGAACACGACCGGAUAUACAGACGGCUGUUGCUUUCCUAUGUACCCGAGUGUCAGCACCUGAUGAGGAUGACUGGAAGAAGCUUAAACGGGUGAUGAGUUACCUGUCUGAAACGCCAUACAUCCCCCUAGUGUUGGGAUCAGAUGGGAGUGGCAAUGCAUACUGGCACGUGGACGCCGCAUUCGCAGUACACAACGACAUGCGAAGCCACUCAGGAGGCAUGAUGACGUUUGGCACCGGAGCAGCAAUCACAACCUGCACAAAGCAAAAGCUGAAUACAAAAAGCUCGACCGAGGCUGAGGUCGUGGGAGUGGAUGAUAACAUGACUUUCAUACUGUGGGCCCGGUACUUCCUGCAAGCCCAGCAUCAACAUAUGACUGACAACAUUGCCGACAGUAGAGACGACCAACCGGCCGAUCCGGCCCUGGGAGACCGUAGCAUAAUCUACCAGGACAACGAGAGCGCCAUAAAGCUUGAGAGAAACGGGCAGAGAUCCAGUACCAAGAGAACCAAGCACAUAAACAUCCGAUACUUCUUCGUGACGGAUAGGAUCAAGAAAGGGGAGGUGAGUGUGGAGUACUGCCCCACAGAUGAUAUCAUCGCUGACUACUUUACGAAGCCACUGCAAGGAAGCAAAUUCAAGAAGUUCCGGAACACCAUUCAAGGAAUCAACGACAUUGACUGUGUCAAGUAUAAGCAGGAGUACUAUGCUGCCAAGCAAGCAGCAAGGACCAUCAGUCAAUAAGGUCGCAGCAACAGUAUAGGAUGAGUGAAUACUGUUGUGAUCGAAGAUUGCAGCAUUGUUUUCAAGCGGACGCGCUGUAUAGUGCACUGCAGUCUUAGACAGUAGUAGUGAUCCCUACGAGCCAAAUCGUGGGGGAGCUACUCACAAAAACCGCAGCGAGGAGUGUGUUGAAGGACAGACGUCCGCACGGAUGUCCACCAAUACCGAAAUACAUGAAAUACAUAAAAUACAUGAAGGAGGUAAAAAACCUCACGUGAGAAAUCAUCAGAAUCCCAAGGGUUUUCUGCAUUGACCUCAUACUUUUUAAUUUAUCUAAUCAAUAGGAGAUUUAUACACUUUCUUUAAGAUUUCAUGCAUCCGAUGACGUUGGCAUACGGCAUUUGACACAUUGAAUCAACACAGCUUCCCUCAUUUUUAGCAUUUCGAGAAUGUCAUAUUUCACCAAAAUUAACAGCGGUCGUGGUAGACGUUAAAUAUCGGUUAAUGAUCCCUGAAAACUUCGGUAGCAUACGCAUUCAUACUUAUUAGAAGCACUAUUUUUUUCUUCGAGAAGUCAUUUUGCGCGGUUUGGGGCGCGGAAUGAAUCGUGGGAGCAUUGUUUUCCGAUCUGGCAGAGUGUUGGUACCUACUCCUAGCAUACGAUACCGGUAGUGUAGUAGGCGUAGUUCGGGUACGUUAUUCUACGAUUAGUAGUUCUUUAGCAUUCGUGGUAAGUAGCUAGAUUUCAUCAGUGCCUUAUUGUUCCUGUCAAAGAUGAUGAUGAUUUGUUAUCAAUCUUAAUGAGGGAAAAAGGAGCAACUGUUUGGGAGGGUGUAGACUUUGUUUUGGCAAUAUCAUUAAUAGGCAAGCCUUGUUGAUCCAUUUCAUUCAAUGCUUCAAGAGUUUCACAUUCUUGUUCACUUUGAGCCGUGACGACUCCCCUCCUCCUUCAUAGCGUCAUAAGCUUUGCGACUGUCAUACCUUGCAUGUCUUCCUCCACACAAAUGUUUUUCAGCUUCCCCACUCUGCUGCAACAUAUUAAAAACAUUACAGAUAA